AUGGAAGAAGAUAAGGAAUUAGAACAGGAAAGUCCUACUGAUGCUGAAAGGGAGGAUGAGGAAGAGAUUGAUGUAUGGAAUAUCUCUCAAAAGGUUGAAAGUAGUGAUAAAACAAUGUGGCAGUCAUAUUCAAAACUCAAUAAAGAAGUACAAGUUUUAUUGGAAAAUAUUCUACUUCCAUUUAAGUUCCCCCAAUUAUUCGUUGCUCCAAGAUUUCCUUCAAAGGCAUUUUUGUUAUAUGGGCCUAGAGGUUUUGGAAGAGAGAAUCUUAUCAGAAAGAUAGCGCAAGAGUCCGAGGCAAACUUCAUGGUUAUAAAAUGUCCUAAAACUCAAGCCGAAUGGGAGCUAGACAGAUCUGAUAGUUCACAAACACUUGAAGAAUGUGUCAAGAGUUGUUUUAAAAUUUGGCCUGGUGAAAAAUAAAGUCAUUUUAUUCAAAGAUAUUGAGAACUUGAAUAGAGACUUAGGAGAAUAUCAAGAAAGAGCUAUGGUGGAAUUUAUAAUUGGAUUAAAUUAUCGACAUGCGGAUCAUGUAUUGGUUCCAACAAUUGUGUGAACUUCUGAAAAACCUUGGGAAAUGAACAAUCAGGUUAGACGUCACCUAAUAGAAAGGAUCUAUUGAGUACUUCCAAACAGGGAUGAAAGACUCUCUUUGCUCAAGAAUGAUGUUGCUAAUUUGGAAUCGCUCUUUACUCCCGAAGAAAUUGAACAAAUCUUGGAUUAUACUGAAGAUUAUGGUUACUCAGAUUUGGAUAAGAUUAGUGAGCAUAUCAUUAAAUAUCCGCUAGACUUGUUAAAGAGUGAUUUAAAUUUAUUUGAGAAAGAAGUAGACAACCUCCAAAUUCCAGAAAUAUCAUUUAAUGAACUAGAAGAGUUUAUCUUGAAGAUGAGUCCUCCUAAAUUUGAUCAAUCAGAGUAUGAUGAAUGGAGAGAAGACUACGGAUUAAAAUAAAAUCUUCUUUAUUGUUGAAAUCAAAGCUUUUAUUUUGGGUUUUAACUUUAAUGAUUUUUAAGAGGUUGUUUUGCUGAGAUUUUAAAAUUAAAUUUUUUAAUUCUAAGAUUUCAUGUAAAAAUUGAAGGAAAUAGAGGCUUUAGAUAGAAUUGAGUCAAGCAGCAUUGGUGGCAUUAAAAUUUGAGAGAUUUAUUAAUUUACCCUACAUUAACAUCUUCUUUCUAAAUUUCUCCUUCCAAAAAUCCCUUAAAAUUUCUAAACCUCAUAACAAUUCAACCCUAGUCUUCCUUAGAAUCCUCCUAAACAACAUAUUUUCCAAUCCCAAGACUCUUCCAGCCUUGAAGCCUCUUGGUGCCUACCUCCUUUCCAAAUUCCUCACAACCUAAAAGUCCCAUGCAGUCAUCUUCUGCUGAUUAGAUUUCCUGAGUGCUUGAUCCUGUUGGCUAUUUAAUCAAUUUUUU